AUGGCUGAUGAACAACGAUGGGAUAUCAAGAAGGUGCUUGAGACGAGUGAUACUUGUAGCCAUUUGAGUAGGCUUUUGUUGGAUAAGGAUUGGGCUGAGAAAUUUGUCAUUCCGGUCUUGUUGGAUGGUGCUGCAGCUGCUCUCCAAGAAGGAGUCCAAGUUCAAGUCUGGGACAUUGACACCAAAUCUCCUCUUUCUAUAGUUUUCAUGUAUCGGCACUCGGCAAAAAUGUACGUCUUCACCAAGACUUGGACCAAAGAGUUUGUUAACAGAAGGGAACUGAAGAAAGGCGAUCAAAUCGGUCUUCGAUGGGAUCAAAACAACCAACGAUUUGAUUUCUCCGUUCUUAAGAACUGA